AAAGACUCGACUUCUAAAAGCUUCCAAAUUGAUUAUCGCUGUACAAAUUAUUUAUGUUUAUUAUUAUUAUGCCCCACACGCCCUUGAGCGAGACUGUAUAGGCCUACGUGACAUGAUAGGUGGUAAAACUCCUGGAGUAUACGCCCCAAGUCCCUUUAUUUGAUUUUUGAAACGAUUUCCUAAUGUCAGUGGAGAAUGAAGAACGGUCUGGCAAAGAAAGCUUUAGUCAUUUGGAUGGGACAAUAUAAAAUGAAAUGCUACAGUAUUCACUGAAUGGAUGUAGCCAAUACAUCAUGGCAAAGGUAAUUCAAACACCCCAGAGAUUCACACAUGAAGAAUGGACACGAUCUAACCUCACAAAAUAUGCUAAUGCUGAAGUUGAACGUCAGGCCGCAGAAAGACUUGUAGAUGAAUCUAAAAGAUAUGCAGAUGAAACUGAGAAGAGAACAGAAAAGACCCAAAGAGAUGUCAGCAAAAAAUUUCAACAAAGACUUGAUGAUAUCAGAUAUUGGAAGAAAGAACUUGAUGACAAACUUGAAGGAAUUACAACAGAAGUAGAUAAUUUAUUAGCUUUUCAAAAUCGUGUUGAAAAAGCUCUUGAAGCUACAGAUGAACCUUUACAUAUAGCCCAAAGAUGUCUAGCCAACAGGGAACAAAGAUUGGGGAUCGACUUGGUUCAUGAUGAUGCCCAGAAAGAAUUAAUUAAAGAAGUUGAAACAAUUGAAGGUGUACGAGCAUUGCUUAAAAGAACCUUAGAUCAAACUGGGGAACAAGUCAGAUUGAAUAGAAAAUCUAAAUAUAGACUAGAAAAGGAUUUAAAGGAUAAAUUUCAAGCUCAAUCUAUAGAUGAAUUUCUAGAAAACCUCAAGAAUAAUUCAUCAGGUUUACAAUUUAAAGAUGGUGCUGCAAAGAUAGAUCCAAACUCAGUUACUCCUGAUGAGUGGCAAGAUUUCUCAAAUGAAAAUAUUGAAAGCGCUGAACGUGAGCGACACAGUUCAGUGGAGUUACGUUCCUUGGUUGAUGGUAUUCUCCAGUCUACUGCUAAUGACAUGCAGAAACAAUGUGGUGAGGUGAACUUGGCCUUCACUAAGAGAAUUGCAGAAACCAAAGAUACAAAGGGCAAACUAGAAGAUCAUCUUAAUAAGGUAUUGUCACAAAUAAGGGAGAUUGAAGAAAAUAUAUCACAAUUAAAGAAAUCCAUCUCGGACAAGGAACAGCCAUUAAAACUGGCUCACACUCGUCUUAAUACCCGUACAGAACGACCCAAUGUAGAACUUUGUCGCGAUACAGUACAAUAUCGUCUGAUCGAAGAGGUCAGUGAAAUUGAAACGUCUGUUGCAGGCCUUCAGCAUCGCUUAGAUCAAUCACAGAACUCAUUGAAAGGUCUCGUUAGAAACCAGCUGGAAUUGGAGGAAGAUAUUGAAGUUAAAGCUAAUACAAUAUUUGUGGAUGAAGUGGAAUGUAUGGGCAUGAGAAAGAGCAUUAACAUUGAAAAAUUUUAAGGAAUUCACAUGCAUACCCUAUAAAAUUUACAUAAAUUCACAUCCAUGCCCUUUUAACAUUUACAAUGUGCAACUUAAAUAACAGAUCCUUCUCCAUAGAUAUUUUUAAUGUUUUUAUUCAACACCUAAUUCACUAUUAUAUGGUGUGUGGACGUUUAAAUCUCCAUCACAAAUAUAUUUUGUAAGCUAUAAAAUGACAUUUAAAUUUAUGGUCAAUUUGUCUUGUCAAAACCAUAAAGCAUUAUUUUAAUAUAUAAUUUUUACAAAGAUAACUUUUUGUUUCUCAAUAACUGCUUAAAUCCAAAAAUUUUAGCUGCUGUCUAAAACAGAAUGAUUUAUUGUUGUAAUUUAUAACUGUGAUAAAUAUCCAUACACACAGAAUAUUAUCCAAUGCAGAACUAUUUAAUGUUUACACAUGCAUUUGAAAUAUACAAGGUUUGUAAAUUUAAACCUGAUAUCUGUGAUUAGGUAAAACUGCUUUUUCUUACGACUAUUUAACACACUGUUGAUGUGUAAUUUAAAGUUUAUAUAAUAUUUAUCUAAAUUCUACUCCCUUUCUUAAAUUAUACACAAUAACCUGUGAUUUUUAAAGGAUUUUAAUUUAUGAGUAUCUGAAAUAUUUAAUUACAUAAUUUAUUGAAUAAAUUGUACAUAAUAGAAA